UUUUUUUGUAAAUUCACCACUCGACCCCUUGUCCAAGGUGAAACAAACCUAAAACCUUUCGACUCAGUAUCAAAAACCCCCAAAACCCUUCCCCUUCUCCUCUCCUCUCCUAUUCUCUGUCUCUCUCUGAAACCGAUCAUGGGCACUCCGGAGACAUCUCGGGAACCGUGCCCCGACCGCAUCCUAGACGACAUGGGCGGCGCGUUUGGCAUGGGUGCGGUCGGCGGAUCGGCCUUCCAUUUCAUCAAAGGUCUCUAUCACUCCCCUAAAGGCGAGGGGUGGAUAGGCGGUUCGCAAGCCGUGCGUAUGAACGCGCCGCGGGUCGGCGGAAGCUUCGCCGUGUGGGGUGGACUCUUCUCCACCUUCGACUGCACCAUGGUCUACAUCCGCCAGAAGGAGGACCCCUGGAACUCCAUCAUCUCCGGCGCCGCCACUGGCGGCUUUCUCCAGAUGCGCCAGGGCUUCCGCGUCGCCUCCCGCUCCGCCGCCUUUGGCGGUGUCCUCCUCGCCCUCAUCGAAGGUGCCGGAAUCAUGAUCAACAAGUUCGUUGCUGCGCAGCAACAAAUGCCGAUCAUGAUUGAGGAACAGAUGCCGAACGCGGCCGGUGGACCCGGGUUUCAGUUGCCGAAUCAGGCCCCACAGCCUGAACCGUCAACUUCGUCUUCAUCGUCGUCGUGGUUCGGAGGGUUUUUUGGUGGCAAGAAGGAAGAGUCAAGUGCGAGCAGCGGAGUCAAGACGGAGGUUCUGGAGAGCUUUGAUACACCGAUGCCACCGACUUUCGAGUUCAAGUGAAUUUAGCUAUGUUUUGUAGUGAAGACGAAAUUCUGUUGGCUAAGGUGAAUGAAUGAUGCCAGUGACUUUGUGGGAAAACAUGACGUAAUUAUUUCCUGUCCUUGUUGAUGUUCAAUUACCCUCUUUUGUUAUCCACACUUAACUAUGAUUUUUGUUAUUUUUAUGAUAUAAAGGUUAUUACAAGUGUUAUAUGCUAAAGUGUACUCAUUCUUUGGAUUA